AUGUCAUGGGCCAGGCGAGCCGAACGCUCGUGUGUUGUUGACCCUGUUGCCAAUCAGCCAUUGGCACAACAGUUACAAAACGAACCGCUUAACACAGCAGCCGUUGCGCCGCUGAAGUUGCUCUCAUUUAAUAUUCAGGUAGGUAUUAAGACCUCUGCUUACCGGCAGUACUUCACCAAAGGCUGGAAACACGUGCUGCCGCAUGUGAGCCGAGGCAAAAACCUGAGCCGUAUUGCUGAUCUGGUAACAGGCUACGAUCUGGUUAGCCUGCAGGAAAUCGAUGGCGGCAGUAUUCGCAGUGGUUUUGUGAACCAGGUGGAAUAUCUGUCUCAGGUGGCAGGUUUUCCCUACUGGUACGCACAGCUCAAUCGCGAUCUGGGACCAAUUGCGCAGCAUGGCAAUGGUUUACUGUCCCGUAUAGAACCCAUUGGUCUGGAAGACCACAAACUACCGGGCAUCAUCCCGGGUCGUGGCGCCGUAUUUAUGCGCCUGCCUUAUGCCGGUGACGAAAUUGUGGUGGUCAUGCUGCACCUGUCGCUGGGCAAACAGUCGCGUGAUCGACAGCUGGCUUAUGUUGCAGAACAGGUGGCUCAUGAGCGGCAGGUCAUUGUCAUGGGUGACAUGAACACACCGGUCAGUACAUUGCUGGAAGAUUCGCCGCUGAAGCGCCUUAAUCUGCAGCCCGCAGAGACUGUGGGACCAACUUACCCGGCCUGGGAACCGUCGCUGGCGCUGGAUCAUGUGCUGGUAUCAGAUAAUCUGGUGAUUAAAGACUAUCAGGUGUUGAAUUGCCGCGUAUCCGACCAUCUGCCGAUCGCGGUAGAAGUGGCCGCACGAGCGCGGCCACCUGUUCAGUAG